AUCGGUAAAAUAAUGUAAGCAUUGGCUUGGACUACUUAGACACGCUCGUAGACAAUACAAUUAAAUACAAUUAAAGGCUGGUGAUGGAUAGUAGAUUGGAGCUUUCACACCGCCGCGCAGUAGCUCGCCGCCUCCAGUUAUCUGAUUUCAAUGAGGGAAAGGCCAAAGGCGGCAAGGGGAAAGCGGUGGUACGAAGCGGUUUCCGCCGCAGCCCACGUGAACGCGCUCAGAUUAUGCUCUGAAUCAUUAUACUGGCCUGCUUUACCCCUCAUCCUCGGGCUGUCUCUGGGAUGUAGUCUGAGCCUUUUGAUGGUGUCCUGGACACAAGGGGAUACCGAUGACUCCUGUGGGGAUGAACUGGGCAAUGGGAGGCUUUUCAUGGGUAGAGCAGAUGCCCAGAGAGACUCAAGGGAUGAAGCUGCAGAUGAAGACGUCCAGCCACGUAUCGUGCCCUACCACAAGGACCCAAACAAGCCUCACAAGAAAGUCCUCAGAACUCGUUACAUUCACACUGAACUGGGCAUCCGAGAACGUCUGCUGGUGGGUGUACUGACCUCCCGGGCCACCCUCAACACGCUGGCCGUGGCGGUGAACCGCACUGUUGCCCAUCGCUUCCAUCGCACCUUUUUCUUCACAGGCCUGCGCAGCCCUAAGGUGCCUCACGGCAUGACCGUGGUUGCUCACGGCGACGACCGCCCAGUGUGGCUGAUGUACGAGACGGUUCGUCACCUCCAUCAGCACUACGGCUCUGACUAUGACUGGUUCCUCUUAGCCCAGGAUGACACUUACAUGCAAGCAGAUCGUCUGUCAGAGCUGGUGGGCCACCUCAGUGCAGGUCAGGACCUCUACAUGGGCAGGGCGGAGGAGUUUAUUGGUGGAGAAGAGAAGGCACGCUACUGCCACGGGGGCUAUGGCUACCUGCUGUCACGCAGUCUGCUGGCCCGUCUGCAGCCCCACCUUGACACCUGCCGUAAUGACAUCCUCAGUGUGAGGCCUGAUGAGUGGCUGGGCCGCUGCAUUAUUGACUACCUGGGUCUCAGUUGUGUGGAGGUGCACCAGGAGAUGACCUAUCGUUACUUUGAGCUCGGAAAAAACGCAGAUCCAGAGCGCGAAGAUAGCAUACCGUUUAAAAAUGCCUUCACAGUCCAUCCUAUAUCAGAACCAAAUCUCAUGUACCGCCUACACAAACGCUUCAGCCAGAUAGAGCUGGAAUGGACUUACCUACAGAUACAACAGCUGCAGGUGCAGAUCAACAACCUGAGUGACCUGACGCCAGAGGGGAAGGCUGGAGUCACGUGGCCCAUCGGAAUCAACCCUCCCUUCAAACCAAGAUCCCGUUUUGAGGUUAUAAACUGGGAGUACUUCACUGAAGAGCAUAUUUACUCAUGCAUUGACAGCUCGCCCAAGUGUGAGAUGAGAGGGGCUGACCGUGCGGAUGUAAACGCAGUUCUGGAGAUUGCAGUGGGGCGUCUGAAUGAACGCUACCAGCCCCAGCUACGCUUCCGCAAGAGGCGUCUGCUUAAUGGUUACAGGCGCUUUGAUCCCACGCGUGGUAUGGAGUAUAUGCUGGACCUUGCGCUGGAGGUGUACACCCAGAAAGGCCACAGUCAAGUCAUUGCCAAACGGGUUAACUUACUGCGACCUCUCAGCGCGGUUGAGAUUAUCCCCAUGCCCUAUGUGACAGAGGCAACUCGGGUGCAGGUCAUCCUACCUGUCACUGCCCAGGACCAGGACUAUGUUGGUAACUUCCUCGACAUGUAUGUGAUGAACACGUUGGACACCCAUGACAAUGUUUUACUCACGUUCCUGUUCAUCUAUGAUCCCUUUGAUGCACAGCGAGUCAGCCAGACCGAUGUGUUUGCUGGCAUUAAGGCCAUGAUCGGGGAGGUGGAGAAGCGCUACGGAGACGUGAAGAUCCCCUGGAUCAGCGUGAAGACGGAGGUGCCCUCGCAGGUCAAGCUGAUGGACAUCAUCUCUAAGAAGCACCCAGUGGACACGCUGUUUUUCCUGGCCGGCGUGUGGACCGAGGUCAAUGCUGACUUCCUGAACCGCUGCAGAAUGAACGCCAUCAGCAACUGGCAGGUGUUCUUCCCCAUCCACUUCCAAGAGUACAGUCCUGCUGUCAUGUACCGCGACCAGCAGCCCUCCGCUGCCUCCUCCUCUUUUGCUUCGGAGUCGCUGCGAGGGCCCGCCCACUUUGACCGCCAUGUCUUCGACGAGGCUUGCUUUUACAAUGCGGACUACAUGACCGCGCGGACCAAGAUGGCUGCUGACAUCUUGGACAACGAGGAGCUGCUGGAAAGCAUGGACGUGUACGACAUAUUUGUCCGUUACUCAGGUCUACAUGUGUUCAGAGCUGUAGAGCCGGCGCUGAUCCAGAAAUACGUGCGGCGAGCGUGCAACCCCCGAUUCAGCGAGGAUAUCUACCACCGCUGUGUCCUCAGCAACCUGGAGGGCCUGGGGUCACGCUCACAUCUAGCUAUGGCUCUUUUUGAGCAAGAGCAGGCCAACAGCACCUAGAGGCCUUCUCGUGCCUCAAAUACUGCCUGGACUAAUGAAUACUCACACAGAAUAAAGAGAACUAUAAUAUAGUACUUUUGUGAUCCAUACACUGAAAUUCUUGCCCUUGUAUUGGGCAGAAAGAGGUCAGGAUCAACUUAAGAACCGCAUCAGCUUGCUCAUGGACACUAUGACAGAGUAAAUGUGUGCUGAAGCAUACAUUCUUCCAGCUGAAAAUCUCUUUGCUCAGUAGUUCUGAGUACUAAUGACUUAGGAGUCUGUAACUGUGACUCUGUCAUGUCUAGACCAAUUUUGAGUCAUGGAGGUGUCAGAUUGCGGCCUACUGUUUGUAUUGCUGCCAUUGACUUAUUCUUUCAGGAGCCAAACAACCAUAUUUAUACUCCAAUUUUAAAAUUAAAAUAAAAGAAGGUUGUGUCUUGAAAUAAAUGAAAAAACAAAAAACUUGAGCCAUAAGUCUUCCUUAGUGAAGAUGUUUAAAGUGAUACUGGAAACAAGCUGAAGCCGUUGGCUGCCUUUUUCUUUUCUUUUUUUUAAGAGGUAUUAAAGAGUGAUAUUUCUGUUCA